AUGAUGAAUUUAAAACCACCUAAAAGUUAGACUGAUAGUGCAUCUGAUAAUGGUAGUGUUAAUAAAAUCAGUGACAAAUAAAAGAUAAACACUUUAAAAAAGGCAGUAAUAGAUUUAAGAGAAGAGAAAUCUCAAUUAAUAAAAUAGAUUGCAGAAUUAACUCUUAAAAAUAAUUAAUUAAUUAAAGAAAGAGAAGAUAUAGUAUGAUUCAAUUUAAUAAUAUUAGGAAGAAAAACAUAAUUCAAUGAUGAGAGAUUUAUAAGGUUAAUUAACUAUGGUAAUCAUGAACUAUUUUAUUUUAGAAUUAAUCCAAUUUAACAUAAUCUUCUUAUUUAAAAGAACCAAAUAAUAAUAGUAGUGAUUAAUCUAAAUAAGUAACUAAACUCAAACAGUAAAGAUUUUACAUAUUGCAAGAGAAUUAGACUCAACUAUUACUAAUUAUGAAGCUAGAUUUGCUAUUUUAUAGACUGCCUAUAAGGAGAUGGAAAGAGAUUUGAAAAAUAAAGAGAUAUCUCAUUAAAAAUUGAUAAAGGAUGUAGAAGAAAAGACAGAAUUAAAUAAUCAACUCAAAAAGAAUAUUGAAGAUAUAGAGAGAGAUUUAUAUAAUAAAAUUAAAGAUUUAAAAGCUGAGAAGAUGGAAAUUUAAUUGAAAUUUAAGACUUUAGAUAAAGAAAUGUAAUAGAAAGAUGAAGAAUUAAGAGUAUUACAUAAAGAAUUGGAUGAUUCUAGAUUUAAAGUGGCUUAAUUAUAAGGAGAACUUGAAGAAACUAGAGGCAAAUUUAUUUAAUAUAAACUCAUUUUGCAUAAUUAAUUUUUGGAUAUUGAUUGUCUAUUUAUCUUAAGACAAAAUCUAUUUAAUGAUUACAUAUUUGAAUUAGAAACAGCAGCUUAAAAAUUCUAAUAUAAGGCAAGUGAUAUUACAGAUUUGAAAAUUAAGGAUGAAUCCUCAUUCUUUUUGUCUGUUAAAUCAAGAAGUAGAGAAGAAGUCUUCAUUAUUUAACCAAAUUAGGAUUUAAAGAAGAUUUGUAAAUCAAUUAAGUAUAAAUACAUUCUAUUAUAGAAACUUUCUAUUAAAAGCUUAACAAUAUUAAAUAAAUUAGUAACAUAAUCAAGCAUAAAGUCCUAAAAACAAUGGUCUAUUGGGAGGAUUAAUGUCCUUUUUUGGAGGUACUUAAUCAAAGAAUGGAAGCAAUACAAAUAGUGAUGCAAAACAAAAAUGA